CAGUCCAUGUAGCCGAGGCCUUUACGGCCGAAGACGCUUUCAACCGCUUCAAGGAGAAUGUAUAACUACCAAUGUUUAUGACUUUAGUGGAGUGUCUGCACCAUAAAUUAUGGAAGAAGGAUCGGAAAGGAUUUCUACACCGAUCCGCUCGCCUUCAGAAAAAGAUUCUGUUAUUCUUAGCCGUGCUAGUGCUACUAGUUCGCCCUUUGGUUUCCGCAAGGCUGCGCUCAGCCCUCCGACUGGUAUUUUACGAAGGGAGUCCACAGGGUCUUUAUCACCCGAAGGAGAUGAUUUCUUUCGCAGUGCUCAAGAUAAGGAAGACGAUGAAGGAUUUGACACUGACCUGGAGAUCGAAGAAGGCAAAGAAGAGUAUGAUGUAACUGGAAGAGUAACAUAUCUCCAAGCUUGCAGGGAGUCUGGCGUCAUCCCAGCAUCAUAUUUCCAUCGAAACUUGCAACAAGCUGACAUUGACAUCAAGCAUCAUGGCUUAGGACCAAUGGGUGCCAAGGCAAUAGCUGUAGCUUUAGUGACUAAUACAUCAGUUAUCAAGUUAAACCUGGCAGAUAACUGGAUUGGAUCUGAGGGAGCUGGAUACAUUGCUGAAAUGCUGCGAGAAAACUGUUACAUUGCUGACUUGGAUUUAUCGGAAAACAAACUAGGUACAGAUGGAGCAGAGUCUAUAAAAGACAUCUUACUGCACAAUUCAAAUAUCACCAGAUUUGUUGCAAAUGGCAAUGGUUUUGAUGACAGAGCUGUUCAGAUUCUGGCAGAAGCUAUAAAGAUUAAUACCAAAGUGAAGUAUUUGAGCUUGAGUCAUAACCAGUUGGGAGAAAAAGGAGGCCAGUAUUUAGCCCCUGCAAUAGUUGCAAAUGAUAAAAUUGACCAUUUGGAACUGAGCUGGAAUCACUUGAGAAAUAAAGGAGCUUGUGCUGUGGCAUUAUCUUUGAAGGAGAAUUUCACUCUUAAAAUUCUUAACCUGGCAUGGAAUGGAUUUGGAAAUGAUGGGGCGUUAGCCAUGGGUGAAGCUUUAAAAGUGAACACAACGUUACGAGAGCUAGAUCUGACGAAUAACAGAAUAACAGCGGAAGGUGCUGUGUAUUUGGCCAAAGGUUUAAUGGUCAACACUUGUCUUCAGGUGUUGAAGAUUGGAAAGAACCCGAUGCAAAGUCCUGGAGCGUAUGCUCUUGUGAACGCCAUGAAAAAUAACACAGAAUCGAAACUGAUUGAGGUUGAGCUGACGGACAUCACAGUUAAUAAUGACUUUGUGGAGUUAUGUAAGGAAGUACAGCAACUUAGACCCAUGAAAAUUAGACACGGAGGGAAAGGAGGUGCACCAUUUAAACCCAAGACUCGUCCAACGCCCAUGAAGAUACUAAAGAAUUAUAUAGAGGUUAACCAAAUGAGACUGUUGGAUCUUUUCAAUACUCUGGAUAAGGAUAAAAGCAUGAAUAUCACUGUAAAAGAGUUCGCUGAUGGAUUAAAGGAAACCGGAAUUGACAUGAAUUAUACAGAGUUGUACAAACUAAUAGAGAGUUUAGACAGAAACAAAGAUGGGGAAAUUAAUUACAGUGAACUGGUGAUGGGUUCUUUAGAGCAACAGAUAGAAGACCGGAAGGAAAAGAUCAAAGAAAAGGCGCAAAGUGCGAGAAGGAAAAAAAUUUUGUCUCCUUCAUGAUAAUGUUAAUUUUUUCCAAAUUGUAAGCUCUUUACUCUUUACUUCAUAAAAGACAAUCAGAGUAAAGAUAGAUAUCUUUAGGAGCCAAUGAGAAGAAAAAGAAAACACAAGCAAACGGUCAAAAGCGCGGGAAAACGAGGGAAGAAAACGAUGAAAAGCGCGGUAAACUAGGGUAGCGAAGUUGUGAUUGGUUUUUGUUCUGCGUGAUUUGAUUGGUUGAGAGGGUGGCGCGAGUUGUCAAGGAGUGCAGUAAGUCAUAACUAAAGCUAUGGCGGAUCACUUAUGACGUUCAAUUGAAAAUUUCUGUUAGGAUAUGUAAUUCUUACAACUUGAGAGCAAUAGUUCGUGUAGCACCUACUGAGGAAAUCAGAGGAAUGAAUUUCUGAGCUGUAGUCAGUUAACCGACUUUUGUGUGACGGUACUUACAAGAAAUAAUAUUGUUAUUCAGCUGCGAUUUGACCUCCCUCUUAUAAUUACUUGGGAAACAAAAUGAGCUGAUCUUCCUUUUUCGCUUUUUUUUUUUUAUCUCAUAAUUAAUGCGUGCACUCUGAUUGGUUAGUUAAGCAACCGUAGAUCACUUUAUACCACGCUGGAAUUUGAUGCUGAUUUUGUUGCAAAAAUCUCUUGUUACCAUUCGCUAAUUUUUCUCAAUUUUCGUGGCCGCGUGGCACGAAAUCAUUCUUCAAACGUGACAGACACAGUAAGGAUGUGAUGAAUUUUAUAGUACUAGAGCUUUACUUCCUUGAGUAGCGGUGCUCUUUUAACUUAUAGAAAAUAGGUCAUAUAUAUUUUAGGGAAGAACGUAAAUUUAUGUAUACUAGCUAUAAUUACAGGUGAAUUUAGUUGUAAAUACCUAUUUUUAUAAAGUUUAGAUAUUAUAAAUAGAUCAAGUAAAUAUUACUGUUUUUAUA